CACAAAAUUUCCGGAAUGGUCAAGAGAUGUAGGGCUGGAGAUACGCGUCGCCAAUGAAGCAGGUUUUUGAGUUAAAAUGGCUGCGGAGUCCACAUCAAAG